AUCUGUCAAUUUUCUAAUUAAUGUAUCUCAACCUCAACUGUCAUUAUCAUAUGAUUUGUUUGGGUGUGUGGUGGUUAAAGUUAGUAGAAAAAUGAUCUUUUUCAUGUCAUUAGCAUUUUUACUCAUUUCUACGGUUCACGGGGCUGGAGAAUUCUCAGUGAUUCAUCAUGCACCUAGUCUUCUUUUCAAAGGUCAUGAAGCAUUAAGAGAGAGUACUCUCAAAGAAGUAUAUGCAGCUUCAUUGGGUUUCUCUACUGAACAUUUUUCUACAUGGAGAGGUAUGUACUUAUUGGAUCCAUUCGAUGUGGCUCAAGCAAUAGUUACCGUUUAUGUUGAUGGAGUGUCUAAUAUCGAUCAUCAGAAAGGACACAGGUUCCCUCUUAAGACUGAUAUAGGCGAAUCUAACAUCUUUGAAAAUUUGGAGAGACGAAUAGAUGAACAUUAUCCUGAAGAGAAAACUAAUUUAGUCAGGAUUGAACUCUCCAAUGGAUUAGAAGAUGUUCGCAAAUAUUCAGUUCUUGAAGACAUUGGGUCAAGCAAAAUUGAACAAAUUAAGCACAGAGUUUUGAGAUUAGAUUCGGAGGAAGAUAGAAGAUUUAUUAAAGAAAUGACUUUGUUGAAUGCUAUUGCUAAAGAAGUUAAAAAAGGCACUAUUACAAAAGAUAAUGUUCCUGAUGUAUUUUGGUUUGAAGUUUCUGGUCUUCAUGCACUUAUCGAUCUAUAUGGAGACAAUUCCACUCAAGUAAUAGAAGCUAAACAAAUUUUGAAUGAAGUUAUCUUGAGACUUAACACUGCAUUUGUUAAAUUAUAUGAUGGAUUUGUACUCACUACUGUUAUAACUAGCGAUGCAAGCCAUACUAGGAGAGGCAGGAGUGUUCUUGCAAGUGAUAGUGACUCGAGUGACAAAACUGAAUAUAACUUGGCGUCUUACUACAACCCGGAUUUCCCUGUUAUGUUCAACAUUAUUCUUUGGUUUGGGGUAGUUAUGCUAUUUUCUAUCAUUGCUAUAUGUAUGGCUAUUGGUAACAUGGAUCCUGGUCGUGAUUCCAUCAUUUACCGUAUGACAAGUACCAGAAUGAAGAAGGACAAUUAAAUAUGUUUCAUUCUGUUUUUUCAAGGUUCAGUUAGAAAUACAGAAGUUUUCCGUUAUUUAAGUUGAAAUGUUAUAAAAAUAGUUUCCACCUUGGAUUAGAAAUUUUUCAUUCUAUUUUCAACUGAACACUGAGAAAUAAAUUCCCUGCGUGGAAUAUUUCAUUGUUUGUAGUGUAUUGUGUAAAACAAAUUCAAGUGAUUCAAAAAAUAUUUAUAAAUGUUCAAACUAUACUGAUAUUUCUCAAAUAGAAAUUAUCCCUACAUCCUUCAAAAAUGAUGAGUAUAUAUAUUAUACCAUUGGUUUAUGCAUCUUUGCUAGCAUUAUAAUAAAGACAGUAUUUUAUUGUUUUGUUUUAGUGAAAUUAUACUUUGUUAUGUACAUAAAGAAAAAAACUAUUGUACAUUUUGAGUUUGAGGCACAUUCCCUUGUAAAUAGAAAUAUAAUAAAAAUAAUUUUGUUCAUUUCUUUUUUCCUUUGGCAUAAUAGAAAGUGAAGAGAUAGAUUAAUCAUGAAUAGAAGUUUCAAUAUAUUUUUUAUUUAGUUAUCAGGGAAUUAAAUCACCUUAUUUUUAUGCAAUAAAAAUCACAUUAAAAUAAAACCAUAACGGACCCCGUUAAAUCUUUUUGCAAAUUGGGUUUCAGUCAUUCUUUCUAGAAGGCAAAAUAAUAGUUUGAAGCAAGCUUAUGGUAAAUAUAUAGAAGUGGGGCUCCACUUCAAAACAUGUUAAAUUAUGUUAAAGGUGGGGGAAACAUUUUUUUAAGAGGUGAUCGGAAAAAACAUUAUUUUUUAUUUUUAACAUAAUUUUAGUUUACCGUUUCAUGAUUUCUCUAUAUAUCAAUAAAAAGUUAUUUUAUUUCUUAUUAUAAAUUUUCAACAAUUACAAAAUAAUUAACAAUUUUGGUACAUUGUCACCUGCAUCAUGCCACACUAGCUCCAUGUUUUGGCUGUAUGCACUGGAAUCAGGAUCCAUGAAAUUAAAAGUAUGAUUAAAUGUCAAGUGCUUGAAACAUAUAAUAUUAAAUAAAAGAAAUAGACACAUUUUCCCGAUAAGCUUCCAACGAUUGAUAUAAUAAACGAAUGAAUGUUUA